GGUGCGAGCGCUAGUGCGCCUCCAUCUUCGUGCCGCCAGGGUUCGGGGCUGUGGGCGGUUGUGGGAGAGCGGUGGGCCGCUGGUGCGACAGCGCCGUUUCUUGCUUUUCGGCCUUUUUUCUCGCUGCCUGAAGCUGCGAUGCCUCAGUUCCAGACCUGGGAGGAGUUCAGCCGCGCGGCUGAGAAGCUCUACCUGGCGGAUCCUAUGAAGGUCCGUGUGGUUCUCAAAUACAGGCAUGUUGAUGGGAAUUUGUGUAUCAAAGUAACAGAUGAUCUAGUUUGUUUGAUGUACAGAACAGACCAAGCGCAAGAUGUAAAGAAGAUUGAGAAAUUCCACAGUCAGUUAAUGCGACUUAUGGUGGCCAAGGAAUCCCGCAGUGUCACUAUGGAAACAGAAUGAAUGGUUUGAAAUGAAGACUGUUAUGUUCUUGGGAAGUAAGCAGCUUUUGAGACUGAAAGUGUUGGGAAGGAAAUAUUUAUGUGACGGAGCUGUGGAAAGCUGAGAGGCUUGUGUCCUAAGGCUUGCUGUGAAGAGCAGGAAUGUCGGGGUCCAGUUAGAAAACCCUUAGUUUUGGAAACUGAAUAAGAAAUAUCUUAGAAGCUUUUUGCAGAUAAUUUGAUGUUGGGCAAAUAUAUAAUUAUUUUUUCUGAUAAAUUCAUGUCAGUAAUUUGUUGAAAAAUUAACAAAAGUUCUUUCUAGAUUGUGUUUGUUUUAAGAGGAAAUAAAAUGUAACUUUUGCUGCAUUGGUAUGUAUGCCGUUUAUAGCACACACAGUAACUGGGAUUACCUGCUCUGUGGUGCGCCCCAUCUGGUGUUGUGAGGAGCAAGUCUGCUUUUCCUUUCUUUCCAGGUUCAAACUGUGUUUUUAAAUGGAAGGGGUUUGGAGCAUCCGCUAGCCGAGCGGUGAACAGAGCCAGGUGCAGUUCUGAGUGCACAGGCAGGACGAUGACACUGAGGGCCGAGAGUGCACGCGGAGCGCUCAGUGUGGUUCCCGCCUCAGACUGAACUAAAGUAUUAAUAAAGCACGCCUCUCAGAACUGUUAGGUUCCUAGGAAACCACACGUCCACUGUUUAUAGCUUGUAUUUAUAAAAUCUGGUUUUACCAUCUAAAUGUUACAAAGUCAUGUAAGACAUGUCAGUCUGCUCAAGACUGAAGUGAAGGUACUGCAUUAAAGUAUGUUUUGUAAAAGUCUGUCAUGUUGAAUAACUUGAAAUUCCUAUUAGUUAUAAGAAUUUUAGUGUUUUAGAGAGGUCAGUAAAUAAAAUAUAAGCUUACUGUU